ACUGAUUCUGUAGUUUUUUAAGAAUUUCUCUUUUUUCUUUCUGUUUUUCCUGUUAGUCCAUCUGAAAAACACAUUGCUUCUUUUUUACUGUAGAUUUCCCACUGUAGUAUGCUCAAGAUAAUGUUUGUUGAAAUUCCUCAGUUCUAAGCUCUAAAAGUCUUUCAGAGUAAAUUUCCUUAUAUGUAGCACAUCACAUCCUCAUGGACUAAUAAAGUCUGUGGGUAAUAAAUUGCUCAGAGGUUAUUUUAGUUAUAAAGGGGACUGAUGGCCUGUUGUGGAUGUUCAUGACACAAGAUAAAUUAUGGACCCAAACGUGUGGAUUUUGCUUACCACCUUCACUUGAAGGUGAAAUGGUUGGCUGGCUUAGCUGCUUUUGGUUGUAGUCCAAAGAUGGCCAAUUGGGAUCUCAUCAUAUUCUUCCUCUAUUAACUUCAAACAUUUUAUUAAUCUGUACUCAGCUGCUCCAUUAUCCAAGUUUCCUUCUCCUUAAUUCAAAAGGAAGCAGGUUGUUUAUCAAUGCUUGACUAAAUAUUUGUGAUGGCAGGUGGCCACAUUUAUUGUCCAGAAAAUCUUGUUGGAUGAUGUUGGUUUGGAUUAUAUAUGUACUACAGCAGAGAGGUUCUUUGCAGUGGGACGGGUCUUAGGUAACAUGGUUGCAGCCCUUGCUGAGCAACCCUCAUCGCGGCUGUUGAAACAUAUUAUUCGAUGUUAUCUCCGACUCUCUGACAAUCCAAGGGCUUGCGAUGCAUUGAGAAGUUGCCUUCCAGAUAUGUUAAGAGAUGCCACUUUCAGUAGUUGCCUUCGUGAAGAUCCAACAACAAGGAGGUGGCUGCAACAGUUGCUUCACAAUGUGGGAGUCAAUCGAGUUCCAGCACUUCAAGCUGGAGGAGGAUUCGAUCACAUGCUAGUGAACUGAAUUGAAAGAAUGCAAAUGUUCUUUCUAUUUAUGUCCAUCGAUCUCUUAUUUUUUCCAAAAUGGGCAUCACAGGUAGAAGCCUAUUAUCUAAAUCUGAAUUACCUUUUGUCCAGGUCAACAUACCAUAGUUUAGUUUCUUGUAAUUAGUGAUUUUAUCUUAAAGAGAAAUGGGUAUGUAAGAGAAAAGGUCAGGUGGGGUUGAAGAGGAUAGUAGCUUGAUUGACUUGUUCAUAUUUCAUAAGCGGAAUGAUAUUUGUAUUAGCUCGCAUGUUUUAGUUUCUCAUGUAUAAUGAGAAGUUUGCUCAAGCUUAUUCUCUUA